UUCUUCUGCUUAACGAUCUAACCCGCUGGCCUUUAAAAUAUUCAACUGUGUAGCUAAUAAAGUAGAAGCGAAAAAAUUCUUCCAAGUCAAGCCACAGUGAAGAAAUAGAAGCGAAAAAAUUCUUCCAAGUUAAGCCACAGUGAAGAAAAAGAAAAGAUGAUGAGCAAGUCUCAAAGACACGUGCAGCGCACGUGCCUCCUAUUAAGAAAUUUGAAAAGCCGCAACAAAAAGCAAGUACAUUGAGAGAAAAAACAUAAACCCUACACCAAACAGGCCGUGAAUGAGUUAACCUAAAACCCCGACUCCCUCCAAAAACCCUGCUCCUAUUUUUCCUCUUUUCUCUUAUUACAGACCAAACGAUUGAACAACCUAUUGUUCAAUGGAGGAAACAAGCUCGAUGUCAAAGGAAGAAGAUUCAAAAAGUGAAAUAGGAAUGGAAGAUUACACGGAAAUCAGUGACGUCGAUGAUGAUAUUCAAAUAGGAAUUGACGAGGAUAUUAAUCAAGACGAAAUCCAAGAAGAAGAUGAGAUGGAAGUAGAGAAAGAAAAAAUUCUUCCCAAAUUUGAUGAAGCAAAACUGAGAGAGCUAUUGCGUAACUUAAAAUCGGUUGAAGUUAAAAUUUAUUCAGAGGCUGCAAAAGAGUUUAUUAAGCUAUUAAGAGGAGAUACAGGAGGUGAAAUACUCCGUCACUAUGUACAAGCUUCACCAUUAUGUAUUGAGCUCGAGGAAACUUGGAAUUCUCGGAAAGGGAAAUCUGAAGUUUCAAAGAUUAUAUCGUUGAUUACUGCAAUUUUGGAACACCCUGAUGGGAAAUUUAUAUCAGGUAAUAAAGAGACAUUAAUUAUUAGUCAGAAGCUUGACAAGUUUGCUCGUCUCAUUAUUAAAUCCGAGUCAUCCAAAGAAGAAAAGGAUGGCUUGCUGAAAGAAAAGAAAUCUAAGUUACCAGAUGUUUAUGAAGAGUUGAAGAGUAAGGAAGGAAGACGGCAAAAUGCAGCUUUGUUGCUAAUGGCUGCAAUUGUUAAACGCGGUGUAGGUUUGGGUUCGGAGGUUGCUGAGCACUUUGACUUCAAGCUUCCUGUUUUUGCUAGUCUAGCAGAAUAUAAGAAGAAUAAGGUUGAAAACAGAAAGCAUUCCACCAGAAAAUCCUUCAUCAAGUUCGCACUCUCAUUUUUAGAAGUUGGGAAUCCGAGAUUGUUGAGAUGGGUCUUACAGCAGAAGGAAAUGUUUUCUGGCAUUUUACGUGGACUUGGAAGCGACGAUGAGGAGACAGUAGUUUAUGUGCUAUCUACACUCAGGGAUAGAGUUCUAACGCCGGAUUCUUUGGUGCCUCCAAGUCUUCGGAGUGUUCUCUUUGGAAGUGUUACCUUGGAACAAUUAUCUAGCAUUUCGGGUAAUCCGGUAGAUGGACCUUCUGCCGACGUUGCACAUGUAGUUCUAGUUAUGGUUUGCACUGAUCCUCAGAAUGGGCUGAUGCCAGAUCAAAAGGGUGUUACAAAUCCAUUAAAGGGUAAUCGAAAGCGCCUCUUGGAUCUCAUGAAAAAGCUAAAUGCAAAAGAUAAUGGUUAUCACAAGGAUCUUCUUUUGGAAAUUGUUAACGGGAGGCCUUCUUUUGGUUCAGCAUACAUGGAUGAGUUACCUUACAAUCUCGAGCCUCGUUCAUCUGAUAACUGGUUUGCUGCUGUUUCUUUGGUGUCAGACUUGAUUUCUUCCACAAGCACUAGUUUUAGUUUUGGUGCUCCUGCUUCCCAGAUACAUGAUCCACCUACAUUAGAUAGUCCUGAGGUACAAUGUAUGCUGAAAUGUAUUAUUCCCCGUGCGUUUAGUCGGGGUGUCAUCAAUAGGGGAUUGCAACAUGAAGAUCUUUAUGUGAAGCAUGGUAGUGUGAGGCUUCUUUUAGAGGCCUUAAAAUCAUUAGAAAACUUAGUUGGUUCUGUAGAUUAUAAUUCUCGUUCCAACAAUUCAAUGGUGCAUAAAUGGUUGAAUCUCAAGCAAGACAUUCAAGACGAAGCCAGAGCUGUGUUACCCGACCCUCAAGUUUUGUUUAAAUUGCUUUCUGACGAGAAAAAAGAGAAGGAGCAAAAAAAUGAUCCCAAGCGUUGCAAUAAAAAGAUGAAAAGGUCAACGAACUUUGAAUGCCAUGCUGGUGCGAAGAAAUCAAAAAUUGAUCGCAUUGACGGUGAUAUUGAUAUCCUUAUUGGUGGAAUAAGUAGUGAACCCGAUAAUGCUAUGCUUUGUAAGACUGAGAGCAUUAUGGAUGAACUGAUUAUAGACCAGGUGGAAAAUAAAAAGGAGUCGGCUGAUGUUAUUGCUGGUAUUUGGGGAUUUCAGAGAGUUGAACAACAAGAUGCAGAAAUAUGUUUCCACUCCAAGGUUCUUGAUGUGCUUGCUCUAUACCUACGCACCAUGCCUAACACUUUAGAGGGUUCAUAUGAUUUCUUUAAGGAGCUUCCAAGCGACCCUUUUACAUUGUCAAGUAACCAGCAGCAAUCCUUAUUGCCUCUUUUAAUAGAAUAUAUUGGAUGGUCUCCUGAGAGGAAAGUCCCCAUCAGACCCCCUGAAGCACUGUACAAGCAUCUGCAUCCGUUGGUCAAUCUCUUGAUACGUUCACCAAUCAAAGAAAUACAAAAUCAAGCAUAUACUCUGGCUCGAGCAGCCAUGUUUAGUACUGGUGCCUUUGACAGAGAUAAUCAAGAAAUUGAUGCAUGGUUCUUGUUUUUACCUGGUUAUAGACGAGAGGGGCAGACAGAGGAAGGACAAGGGCAUGACCUUUUCGGGGACUUGUUUGGAGUUGUCGUUUCAUUUUUCUGUGACGCUGUUUCUACGGUGGGAAAUAACUUGUACAAAUAUCAUGAUAUGGUAAGGUGCAAACUUUCCGAAUUAAAUGACAUCAAAGAUGCUCCUGAUUUCAGCCCUCUUGUCUUCUGUAUCCUGGAUAAGUGUCUAAGGUUGCUGGAGUCCAGUUCCGGGAAAAAGUUAUGUGACAAAUCAAUGGUAUCACUCUAUGUGUGCAAUACACUAAGUUUUCUCUUGCAGACUCAGGUUCAAGGAGGGUUGCUACAUGCUUUCAUUGAGUUCCUUUUAACUCAAAGACUUUGUGACCUAUCAAGAAGGAAUGGAUUUGGGGACUUCACUUCACUUGAUGAUUCAUGCAAUUUCCCAUGUGAAUGGAGGCCAUUAAAGAAUCUGUUGCUCCUUUCACAAAAUGUCUCUAAAAAACAGGCUUGUUGUAACUCUUAUUCCAUUCCCCAAAGAACUCAAAGUGCAAGUCGUCAUCCUUUUGCAAGAACUCUUGAUAACAUAAAGGAAAUCAUAAAACGUAGUCAAGGUGGUGAUUUAGUGGGUGUAGCCGCAGGUUUCUCCUCUUCAAUAAUUUGUAUAAGUUCUUACGAGAUAUUAGAAAAUUUUCCAUCCAUCAUUACUAUAUCCCAUCUCCUUCUAGGAAAACAUCUUCAAUUCUUAUCUUAUCCAUUUUUCCUUGAGCAAAAUUUUCUCUCUAGAGUUUCUGAUCUAUGGCCCAAUAUAGUGUUCUCUGCUUUAGAACAUUUUGAUACAAUUGCUCAGAAGUCCAGAUGUAGUUCUUAUUCCAGUGAGGAAAUCAUUUCUACCAUGGAAGUUGAUUCAAUCAAAUCUGCUUCCGUUGCAUUUAGUUUCUUCCUAAAGGAGGCACCUUUUUAUGUGCUAUUUUCUUCGGUAUUGAGAGUUGGAAAUCUUGAAUCUUUCGUCUCUUCUAAACUUGUAGACAUACUCAAGGUCAAGCUUACUGAAGGUUCACCCGGCGACUUGAUUGCAUCUCUUCGUCUUGCACUUUUCUGGGCUCAUCAGAUACAAUUAUCAUUCAGAGUUGACCCGGUAGAUGAGCUUGAACGGCCCUUGCAGAUUUGCUUUAUAUGCAUAAAGCACAUAUUGACACAACUUUUUGCUGUCAAAUCAAAUUUUGAUACUUCAUCUAUCAGUGAGUUUCCUGUAUUGGUACCAUAUCUCCAAGAAGUUGCAAGAAUUGUUUUCCAUCAUCCUGCAGUGAUUUUGUCAUUAUCACAACCUUUGCGCCGCGGUUUGAUGCCUGCUUGUGUAAGCCUGGGCAAUGGCUCCGAGGAUUUUGUAAGCUCAUCGAAGUUCAAUGUUCACUCGAUGGAACAUAAUAUCUUAGAGUUAUUGACGACAGUUGCCAAUUACUUCUUUUCUUCAUACUUGGAUCAAGUUGCCGUGACUGAAGUCCAGGAUGCAGAAAAUAAAAAGCUUUUGAAGAUUUUCAAGUCCUUGGUUAGACAGGUUAUUUUAUUCUUUAUGGAUAAGUUCGAUUGUUGCAUUAGGGAUAAAGAUUCGACCCCCAUACUACCAGCUUAUCACAUAGUUGUUGCUUUAAGUCCUUAUAUAUCUCCUAUUGAGUUGCUAGAGCUUGUGCAAUGGAUUUUUCGUAAAGUUGACCUGAUUGACUCAAUAGGUUGGAAAUCUUUUAAGAUUGAUGCUUUUGCAGUGGGAUGCUAUAUUUUUGAUGCUGCUUUCGAUUUGCUAUCAAGUUAUUUGCAUCAAGUCAGCAGAAGAAAAGUGCACUCCUCUUUGCUCUGGGAAGUUAAGGGGGGAAAUGUUGACAUCAGCCUUCUCCAGGAAACUUACUACAAGGUAAUUGAACUUGCCACUACUUCCAAGUUAAGAUUCGCUGAUACAUGCUUGUUGAAGGCUGUGAAUACCGUGUAUAAGCAAAAAAUUAUGUUGCCGAAAGAGGAUCUGUUUCCACUAGUUAUGGCACUAUCGAGGGUGAUAAAAAGCACUCCCAUCGAAAUUAUUUCUCAUUGCAUCCACACAACAAGUGCAACCAAGGCAAAACUUUUGUUUCUACUUACAGAAGUAAGUCCCUUGCACUUGACUCUUUUUGGGCAAGUAGUUUUGUCCAUCUUGGGUAAAAAUUUGCCUUCAACUAGCAACAUGGUCGAAGAGAACCAUAAAUGUGUCAUUGCAGAUGACGACCUUAUACUGCUAUUACCUGUUGCUCUAUCAUACUUGAAUUUGAGCAUUACUAAGUUCGGCGUUCAGUAUCUCAAGUCUUUAGGGGCCAUCACUUCGAUUUAUUCGAGAAUACUGUUGGAUGGUUUCUUAAAUUGGAGGAGUUCUGUAUCUAGAACCGUGUUUCAAGAAGAAUUCGAUGAAUCCCCACCAUCAUCUACUAAAGAUCUUCUUAAUGUAUUCGGGGGUACUCUAUAUGGAAAAACAAUUCACAUGUUGAGAUACUGUUUUGCUUUAAAUGCAGAUUCUAUUGACAAGAAGAAAAGGAAGGAUCUUUUUUGUUCUAUGUAUUCAUCUUCUGGUACAGAUGAUAGUUUGCUAGAUUGUGAUGUUGGUGAGAUAAAUAAUUGUUCAAUUGAUGAUUCACUAAACAUUGCGAUUAGAGCCAUAGCAAAAGUAUGCUUUUCUAGGUUGCUAUUAUUUCCAGCGGAUAAUUUUAUUCAGUCUCUGAGGACUAAAAGAGGCGGAGGGUUGAAGGAGAUGACUCUUGAAGUUGGUUCCACUAGAAAGGAUUCUAUGAGAUUGAGGUUAAUGAGAAUCUUGGUCAGUACAUUGCGCUCUAUUGCCAUGAAGUUCCCUGUAGUGACAGAUAACUCCGGAAAGUCGAAACGCCCAGAAUGUUCAGUGUUCACAUUCUUAGAAACUUAUAUUCUGAGAAACAUAUCUGAAUUGUGUAGGAAGAUGCAGACAGAGCUUGUCCAGUUUGAUUCACUUCCUUUCUUGGAUACAUUUUUCUCAUCAUCUCUUCGGUAUAGAUUUGAGGAUCCUAUCACAUUGAAAGUGCUCAGGGAUGUUGUUAUUACACUAUCUGAAGGGAAAUUUUCUUCUGGUGUCCUUCUUGAACUUAUGCAAGCUCACUCUCAUUUCAUCCCUUCUAUUCUAUGGACUAACUCGAUUUCUGACUCUUCUAGUGUUUUUCAUGGUGUAACUCUGUUGAGGCCUUUAUCCAGCAUAUUGAAGUCUCAUGUUCUCUUACUUACUGAUUUACACAUGUCGGAUGACAAGAUUAAUCUUGAUUUAUCUUCUUCCCAUUCGAGAAAGUUGGAAGUGAUCAAACUUUUGAGAGUACUUUAUCAUCUCAAGGCUUGUCAGAAUGGCAAUGUUGCUCCAGCAGAAGAUAUCAGCAUGGUUCCAAGAGAGUUGCUUUCCUUGCUUCUGUCCUGUUAUGGCGCAACAAUGGGAAAGGUCGAUUUGGAGAUAUUCAGCCUCAUGAGUGAUAUAGUGUCCGCAGAAGGAUCUAAUCUAAGCAUUAAUGAAAUGGAUUAUCUGUGGGGAGGUGCCGCUUUAAAACUUAGACGUGUGAAAGAGCUUGAGUCCACCCAUGAGAUAAUCAAUGGUGAAACAUGCGAAGAGCGUCGAAGAAGGCAAUUUAGGGAGAGUUUUUCGAUUGACCAGAAUUUAUGUGUAGCAACAGUUUUACAUUUUCCCAAUGAAAGAGUUGACCUUGAUAGCCCUACAACAACAAGCAAGCUUCAAGAGGAUAACUUGCUGAAUAUGCUAGAGGAACCGUAUCCAAGGAUUGAUAAGAUACAACAGUAUGAUCCGGCUUUCAUCUUACGGUUGUCAAUUCAUGGUCUAUCAAUGGGUUACUUUGAGCUUUUGGAAUUCGCGGGCCUUGGUUUACUUGCACUAUCUAUUAUGAGCAUAUCUUCACCUGACCAAGGAAUUAGGAAACUGGGUUAUGAUGCUCUUGGAUUAUUCACUAACGCCUUAUACAAGAAGGAUGAGCAAAACAAGAAGUCUUUGUCGCCGCUUCGACUUCUUUUAUUAUCUUUGCAAAAUGGUAUAACUCAAGAAAUGCAAAGAAUACCUUCUGUGUCAGCUAUUUUCGCUGCUGAAGCUUCUCUAGUAUUGUUGGAUCCUUCAAGUGAUCAUCACGUUGCCAUAUCCGAACUGUUGAGACGCUCGCCGUUGAAUUUGAAGAAUAUUCCAUUAUUUGAUACAUUGUUUGAGAGUUGCUCGAUUAAGUUCAAGACAGACAAGCUAUGGAUACUUCGACUAUCCUAUUCGGGAUUAAAUUUGGAUGAUGAUGCUGAAAUAUUUCAGUCGAAAUGUCUUCACAAGAUGUUGAGUUUUUAUUCGUCUCCUCUCUCUGAUUAUGAGUCCAAAAUUCUCAUUCUUCAGAUAGUGAAGAAAGCUGUUAAGUUGCAUACACUAGCUCGUUAUUUAGUCAAGUCAUGUGGAUUGCUUUCGUGGUUAUCAUCUGUUUUUUGUUUCUGUGAUAAGAGGCUAUAUGGUGACGAUAAGGACCAAUCUGUAAAGGCUAUGACGAUCAGUUUAGAGGUCGUCAAUGAUAUUAUUUCGCAGAGUACGAUUACUAAAUUGCUCCAGAACUACCACCUUGAACAGUUAUCAGAGCUUUCGUCUCAUCUGUACAAAUUUAUUUUUGAAAAUUUAGUGCUGAUAAAGCAAAAUGCACCGUUGAUUCAUUUGAUUUUGCAAAUAGUGGUGACAACUUUGCGGGUUACUCAGAAAAGAGAAAUGUUUGAGCCACAUUUAAACUUGCCAGAUCAGCCGCGAUUUAACUUGUCGUAUGACAGCUUAUUUCCACUGUACCAAGCCAUUGAUGGUGGACAUGACAAAGGAUUUGGUCUUACUGCUGACCUUGUGCUGAAGGCCGUACUUACAAGUGCACCGCCUAUUCUCAACCGCAGGGAUAUAUCAAAAAUCACAAGGUUUGUUAGGUGGGCGAUCCCUGUUGCGUCGAUGCCAUAUAGUGAAGAGAAACUUGUACUCAGAGAUUCUGAACUCCAAUCGACAACCUUUUCCGGGGAACAACAAUCUAAAAAUACUUUACUUUCAACACUUUUACGAUGGGUGGCAGCUUCUGUGAUUCUAGGAAGGAUAUCUAGAACUUCAUGCAAAAUCGAUACCUUUGCUCUGGAAAGUAGAAAGGAGUAUACAAAGGAAGAAAGUCUAAAGUCGCUAUUGGACAACCUAAGGGAAAGGCAUGACAAGGGAAUUGAUGAUGAUUUUGAUGAAGGGCGAGAAGAUGAUCAUAGUAACAUUGUGGGGUUAGCAGUGACAAUUUUGUAUCUUCAGCAACUCCUUGGAACGAAUGACAAAGUAAUCCAACCCGUUGUUUCGGCUUUAAGUUUAUUACUCCUACCCGAUGACUCUGAAAGUGCUGGAGGAGCAGUUUCUUUGAUUGGUGACCAAGGUAGAUACUUGGAAUCACUGUGUGCAGAUAUUAGUUGUCCGGCUGAAGCUAAUCUUGCUUGGAGAUGGUCAUUUGAUCGACCAUGGGAGGACUCGUCUUCAGAGCUAACAGAGCUGCAGAAGUUUGAUGAAUACAAUGCUUGCGAAACUAGUUUGCUAAUAUUUUCAAAUGCUGUUGGAGGAAGGUUGGUAAAUUUGCCUGUUUUAUCGCAUCAAGAUUUGAAUGAUUCGGGUGUUUUCGGAUGGGAGAGAAACAUUCUUUCAACAGGUUAACUUUUCAAUUAAAUCAAAUAGCUGAAAAUGUGUAAGCUCUUGUGUGUUAGUUGUGACAGCUACAUCAUCCAGAGUUGCUCAUGAUUUUACCCAAUACUGAGCUUUAUGUCUGAGUACAAUUUUGUCGAAGUGCUCUGCUCUUGAAUGUACAGUCUACUUCAGUAUAACAAUAUAGCCUGUGCAUCUGGAGAUUUUUGAAUCGAGAAAGACAUUGCCCAGACAGCCCAAAUUUUCUUUCUACUUCUGUUCUCAAAUAUAGUCGACCGUACUCGAUAAGUACCCAAUAAUGCAGAGAAUAGCUCCACACCUGUUCAGUUUCUGUCCUCUUACCGAGUCAGUGCAGCUCAAGUAGUACUGAGCAUCUGUGAUUAAACUUCAAUGAUUUCGCCAUCUUUGAGGUGCCUAAAGAACUACAGAUUCCAGGGAUCCAAGGAUUCAUUUGAUUGCUACAUUUUUGUUCUAAUCUGAAAAGACUUUGAGCUCUUGAGCUUAAACUUUAAAUUUCUAUCAAUUUAUGAUGAUUUAUGAGACA